AUGAAUGCUAUACAUCUGCUUCUUGGUAGCCUGUGGCAGUAUGAUUUAAAAGCAUUUUAUAAUUGUUUUGAGAAUACUUAUACAUUUUACAAGGAUGGUAAAAAGAAGAUUCUUUUUCCUUCAAAAUCUUCUUCAGUGGUCAAGGAACAUAGUGAUGACAAGAGUAGUGCAUUGGUGGCUACUAUCUCUCGUUCUUUGAAUUCAAUUCAUACUUUGAGUUCCCAUGAAGACAAUAAUCCAAUGGUGAUGAUUCCUCCACAUGUACAACCUUUAUUGUUUCAAUAUAAUGAUUUAUAUCCUGAAGAAUUACCUAUGACUUUACUACUUUUAAGUAAUGUUCAACAUGUGCCUAAGAAAGACAAUAGUUGGGAAAUGUGCAUAGACUGCAAAGCCUUGAAUCGCAUCACCAUUCCUUAUAGAUUUCCCAUUCCUCGCAUUGAGGAAAUGAUUGAUUUACUAGCUGGUCGCAGUACAAAGGAACAUCUCAGCCACCUAUCUAAGGUGUUACGUGAUAAUUCUUUGUUUGUGAAUUUGAAGAAAUGCACUUUUAUGUCAGCUGAAGUAACAUUCUUGGGAUAUGUCAUAUCGACUAAGGGUAUUCACGUGGAUCCUUCUAAGAUAAAGGUUAUUAUGGAUUGGCAUAUUCCUACUUCUACCAAAGAGGAAGCUGAUAAAAGUUUCAAUACUCUUAAAGAGAAACAAUGUUCAUCUCCUAUUAUUGUGAUGCCUGACUUUUCUAAACCAUUUCAAGUGGACUGUGAUGCUUCAAUAGUUGGAAUUGGAGCAGUGUUAUCUCAAGAAGGACAUCCAGUUGCUUACCACAGUGAGAAAAGUUCUGAUACACAUAGGAAAUGGUCUACAUAUGAGUUGGAAUUAUUUUCUUUGGUGCAAGCACUUAAGCAAUGGCAUACUUACUUAGUUCAUCGUGAGUUUGUCAUCAAUACUGAUGUCCAUGCAUUAAAAUAUUUACAGACUUCUGCAAAGAUGCUCUUAGUAGAAGAAGUCAUCUUUUGGAAACUAUUCGCAAUCAAACCUUUGCUUUUGGUUAUAUCAAAGACAUCUGAGGAUGCAGAUUUCAAGUCACUUUGGGAACAAUGCAGUUCUUUAGCUCAUGAAGUUGAUGAUUUUCUCAUUCAAGAUGGUUUCUUAUUCAAAGACUUGGUUGUGCUUCCCAAGUUACAUAAUACUAAUGUCAAAGCUGACAAUUUGUUAGAACAAGCUUCUGAACUUCAUCUUGAAGUAAAAUCCAAACUUGAGGAAUUUAAUACCAAGUAUAAGAAAGCUGCAGAUAAGCAUGAAAAGUUCAAAUGA